CCUUAGCCAUGUUCUAGACUUUUCAAGAGUUUUUAUCUAUAGAGUUCAAGAGAUAUUAGUGGUCAGGUCACAUGGACAGGAAAAACCUACUAGCCUUACCUAUGAUGGUCACGUGGUCAGGUAAAACAUCCCUAGCAAUGAUGUAGCAUUGUUCAGUUCUAGAGUUUUUAUUUAGAGAGUUCAGGUCACUUGGUUAAGAAAAACUGUCUCUCACAACAAUGUAAUGUAACGUUGAAUGCAGAAAAAUGCACUAGAGUCUCUGAUUUGUUAUGAAAAAAAAGCUCUGGAAUGUAUUGAGUCAGGCUUUACCAGCUGACCCUGGAAAUCAGCUGAUUAGGUCAUAGUAUGUGAACCUCCACCUUCAGAAUACGUCAUAUUACAUCCCAAAUCUACAGACUAAAGGGGCUUUCUAGCUUAUACGAUGGAUACGACUGUACCAACAGCAUUGUUCUAGUAAUUUACAGUCAUGAACCUACUGUACAGUAGGAUGUUAGAAAUAUGCAUGCUUACACAGCUCAUUUUACAGUGUUGGUAGAAUCAUUAGUCAGAUAAUUUGUACUUCCUCUCUAAUGGCUGGGGUUGUAGAGGGUAGAGUAAUCUGAUCCUAGAUCUGUGGUUACGGCCAAAUUCUACCUUGCAGCUUAAAUAUGCAGUAUUUAGCUCUGCCUUUGUCUUACUUUGAGACCUUUCUGCUUCCUUUCUGUGUCUAUGAGAGACACAGACUGUAUUUCUUGUCCAAAGUCACUCUGCUGAUGGCCUUUCGAUUUAGUAAAUUAUUGACACAAAUUAUUGACAUGGGGAGAUUACUUCACAGCCCAAAAACAGAACUUUACACAGGCUUCUGAAUGAGGUAGAGUACAAUAAUCUUUGGCUCCUGAGGAAUUUAACUGACCAUCACCAGACAAUUAGCUAGAGGAGUGGCAAUGUGGCACGAUAGCAUUUGAUUAUGCAACACUCUGCAACUGUUGAUCGAGCAAACUGUCUGAUUUACAGGGUGGAGUUCCUUUUUGUCAGAUUGACGGCUGGAUGUUUACUUUACCUAAACAUAAAAUCAAGCUGAAUAGGAAUGCUGCACAAAUACGUGAUCAACAUUUAUCUAUUCAUUAGAAAUGUUCAUGACAGUAUUAAAACCCCUUGAAAUGCACCAUCUCAUAUUCAAGGAUUUAAAAAUUAUUUUUUAUGAAAUUUCAGCUUGCCCUUGGUAGGCGUAAAGAAACAACAUUUGUUUGUUUUACCUUCACAAGGACAAGUCUGUAACUGUCACUUUUCCUCGGUAAAGCAGAAAAAAAGAGCUCUCUGUUUGAAUUUCGGAUGUGUCUGUGACACAACAGUUGCACUGUAUUGAAUUGCUUUCAUCCCUUACUGUACUGCUCAAACUAUCCGUCCUCUGCGCAGCCAUGUUUGAACUGUGAAGAGAUUGUGAAACGGAACGAGGAGCGAUAAUGGUGAACGGCCAAUAAAGUCCUCUCCCUUCCAUGGUUACGGCCCUGGCUGUAAAUGGCGACAGGGAAACACAGCUCAAAGGCUAUAUUUGUGCUCCCUGGCUGGAGAGAGAAAUGCCAGCCCAACCGUUUGCCCAUCCACUUGUUCUUUCACUCGACAACAGUGGCUAUAGUGUCUCAUAAGCGUGACGCAAUCCCUCUCUCAAUAUUUGUGUGUGUGUGUGAUGCCUCCAAUAAAACAAUAUUUGACAUCUGAGCUCAGCUGAGACUGAUCCUAGACAUUUUUCCUCAAGAACUUUUUUCAUUUUUUAUAACCCACCUUUCAUUUUUCAUGACACCUGAUUAGUGACAAGGUGUUAUGCGUACGUAUAUAUGUGAGGUAUUUAUUGAUGCUGAACGCAGAGUAAGAACAGUCCAUGCCCUGGCUGAAUCAAUCAAUCACGCAGAAGAACUGAUGAGCUUAAUUUUCCCAGGUGCUGAUCUCCAUAUACUGGCUGGGUAGGAAGGCACAAAGCGAAACUUUCUAUGAUAGACCUAACCUAAACCUCAAGGCCUUCGAACGACUACUGGGCAUAGCAGCAAUAUCUAAGGUUGUGGGAUUGACGCGGAGGUGGACUCAGUCUUCAGGAUGGCGGCGGAGAGUAACAAGGAUUCGCUGCACUACCGCCGCUCGUUGGUCAUCGCACCCAAAACGACCACACAGUUCAACCAGUUCCUGCCCACCAAGGACAAGCCAGCAGCCUACGUGCCAGCACCUCUCCGCAAGAAGCGGGCCGAGCGCCACGAGGACAGCCGCCGAAGCUGGGCCAGCCCCAAGUACACUGAGGAGGAUGGCACCUUCACCAGACUGCUCCAAAAGUAUGACGUUGCUAGCGAUGGGAGCAAAUCAAUGACAGACCUUGUGGUGGACCAGGAGGCCCUGAAGCAGGUGCGCUACGAGGAGCUUCAGAAGAUCAGAGAGCAGGUCAAGGAGAAUGAAGACCAGUGGCAGGAUGACCUCACCAAGUGGAAAAACCGUCGCAAGAGCUUCAACUCUGAUAUUGUGAAGAAGAAAGAGGAGAGGGAGCAGACCACAGCGAGCAGCGGAAUAGGGAGCCGCGGUUUCCAGAAUUCCAAUUGGAGCUCCAUCGGCAGUCGCCUCAACUCCCUCGCCUCUCUGGACCAGGACGUGUUUGAAGACUCCGCCCCGGUCCUCCGCACCCUCCCUCCGAGGAGCUACACCUUCGACAACCCCUACACCCCUCUUGACCGCGUCAGACCCACUAGCUCCUCCGUGCUCCCCCCAAGGGAGGAGGCGUGCGCUGCCACCACGGCAACCAACAGGGCUGUCUCGCCUUCUAGGGGCAACAUGAGUGACAGUAUCGACAGUCCCUUCGGUUCUGGUAGCGACAUCACUACCACUGUGGGUCGCACCUCCAACUACAACCCCUACGUUCCAGCCCCGAAUCCUUCAGAGAGAGCCCCAAGCCUGGCCUCACGGUACACCAGUGCAGCCAAGACGGAGGAGACCUUCAGCACCACCACCACCCCCAGCCUACUACCCAAAGCUCAUGAGCCCAGUCGCCCAUGGGUGGGGAAGGUGUCUGAAGAAGUGACCCCAUCCACUGGUGGUGGCUCUCUGUACAUACAACAGCCACAGUACAACUCGGUGGUGAUGGACCCACAGCCCAUGCCUCCUGGUGUGUCUCGGGUUUCUGCCUCUCUCCCCAGGAGCUACAUGAGAUCGGACAGCGCUCGGCUCAACUCUGUCGUCAUGCCAAGGCCCUUCGGGAGCCAGUCUACAAGCGUCGCAUCACUGCCACCCGCCUACACCGCUCCUCUGAUGGCUGACUCUCAGAAAAGUCUGAACGGAGAGACGGAUUUCACCAAGAAGCUGUCGGCCCCCAGCCGCUAUAUCCAGGUCAUGACCUCUGAGGAUAAGGCGCACUCCCUCUCCAGCUCUGCCCACAGCAGUGGAGAAGAAGAAGAAGAAGAAGAAAAAAGGAGUGUGACACUUGCCACAACACUUGUCCCUACCCUGGCCCCUUCUCCUGUCCCUUCUCAGGCCAGGAGUCCUUCACCCGCCCUCCAGACCCCAAAAGUGGCCUACACAGCCCCAGUCAGUCCGUUACCUACAAAAGACACUAACCAGGAGAGCUACGCUGACAUGCGGAUCAGUCUCAACCAGAGGCCCAACAGCAGUCGAGACUUUGGCUUCCAGACAGAGUGGGACUCCACUGGAGCACACGUCACCUCCAUCCAACCAGGCAGCCCAGCCGAACUGUGCCAACUGCAGGUGGGCGACGAGGUGAUGUCGGUGAGCGGGCAAAGGGUGGCAGAGAUGAGCUACGGCAAGUGGAAGAGCAGCACAGAGCAAGCUCUACAGCAGGGAAGCCUUACCAUGGACAUACGCCGUCACGGCAGGAACAACUGGGACAGAGACCUACCUUCCCUGCCGUUUAAAAGCCAUAAGACCAUCAAUCUGACCAGUAUGGAUCAUCAUCCAACAGUUAUAGGUUUCCCCGACACAACCACCGUUAACGCAACCACCAGCUUGGAUUUCACCUCUCGGGGAUCCAUGGAAACCACCAAGAAGGUCACUACCCAACCAAUCAUUGAUGUAGCAUCCAAUGGAGUGAAUGGAGGCUUCCGUGACGAGACAGUGACCGUGAGAAACAAAGAACCCAUAUCCAUGAAAAAUUUUAAACGGAGGUCAGAGUUUUUUGAACAAGGAGGAUCAGAGUCAGCAAAAUCAGAUAUGCCCGUUGCCUCCAUCGCUCCCUCCUCUAACCGCUUGUCCUGUGACCCGGAGGAGGAGCGCAGGAGGCAGGAGAAAUGGCAGAAGGAGCAGGAGAGACUCCUACAGGAGAAAUACCGUCGUGACCAGGAGAAACUGGAGGAGGAGUGGCGUCGGGCCCAGCAGGAGGCUGUGACAGAAGGGGGAAGACACCACCAAGAGGAGCCGAGGGGCCUGGAGAUGGACAGCAGGAGUAUCAGUGCCCUCUCCCCCCUCCGCCAGCCUACCAUGCCCUGGGAGGAAAAGGAAGCCCAAGAGGAGGAAAGGGGGAGGAGGGUAGAGGAGGAAGCACAGAAAAGACAGGAGGAGGAAGAGAGGAGGAGAGUGGAGGAGGAUCGGCAAAAGUGGGAGGAGGGGAGGAGGACGGAGGAGAAGGAGCAAGAGCUGCUGCGUCUUCAGGAGGAGAGGAUGAGGAGGGAGAAGCAGGAGGAUGAGGAGAGGAGACAGAGGGAAAAGGAGGAGCUGAGAUGGCAGAGGAGAAAGGAGGAGGAGAGGGAGGAGAGGAGGCGCCAGGAGGCUGCUGAACAACAACACAGGGAGAAAGAGAAAAUGCAGGAGCAGCAGCAGCAAUGGGUCGGGGACUCCUAUGUCUAUGCCAAGGCCCAACCUGAGAUAUCCAUAGCAGACAGGGCAAAGUCUAAAUCUACUCCAGAGCUGGACGACGUGGAGAAAACUAAAGGCUGGUACGGCAGCUCGGGGGGCAUGGCCCAGAGGUUACUGGAGGAGGAGUUGAGACGGAAAGCAGACAAAAAGGCCCAGAGUCUCCGGGCUGCGUCAGAACUGGAGUUGGAGAGGAGAAACAUCCUAAACGCCAUGAGAUACAGAGAGCCAGAAAGAGUGACUAGCAGCUGUGGGAUAGGCGAAGGAUUGGGGAGGAAGGGCCAGCAGAGCGUAACCCAGGCGGAGCUGGAGAGGCAGCAGAUCCUGCAGGAGAUGAAGAAGAAGACCAACCUGGCCACAGACAACAGCUGGAUCCGCCAACGCUCCACCAGCACCACCAACAGCAAGGACCCCACUGCCAGCCCCAUCAGGAGAGGCGAGUCUCUGGACAACCUGGACACCGCGCCCCGUUCUUCCUGGCGCUCAUCAUGGACACCGGGAAGCACCUCGUCCAUCCACAACUACAGCCGGCCUCAUUUUGCCCUUUCUGGUCUCAAAACUACAUCCUCCUAUAGUGGUGUUGCCUACGGUGGUGGUGGCUAUGGCAGCGAGGUCGGAAGUCGUCCUGGCUUAGCCACCCUGCCCUCCUCCCUCUCUAUGAGCUCCCUCAGAGAGGCCAGGGGGUGUAACCUAUCUUCCUGGUCCCUGCGCUCACCCUCGCCAUCCUCCACCCCUUCUCUUGGCCCCGAACCCGAGUCACGCCCAUCCUCACAGCAACGCAGCAGGUCAGUGAGUGGCAAGAAAGUCUGUACGUUCUGUGAUACGGUGCUGGGCAAGGGAGCCGCCAUGAUCAUCGAGUCCCUGGGACUCUGCUAUCAUUUGACCUGUUUCAAGUGUAUCGACUGUAAGUCUGACCUAGGAGGAUCGGAGGCCGGAGCUGAGGUCAGAAUACGUAACCGACAGCUCUACUGUAACUCCUGCUACAUGCGAUUCAAAACUGGACAGCCAACGUCCAUGUGACAACGCUGUACUAGAGUAGAUAAAGGACUACUUGACAACAACCCAUGAACACUGCAACCAGCUGUAACUUCAGAUGUAUUAAUGUGGUUUUGUGAUUUGACAAAAAGCCCUGAUUCUUCAAUUAACAACUAUCUUAUUCUUUAUUUUUACUGUACGCUUGAGAGGGUGAGAUUGACCAAAAAAAAGUGAAAAUGUUGAUAUCAACAUAUUAUUUUUACCAGUUGCUUGUAUAAAGUAGUAGGGAUGUGCAUGCGCCUGCGAGUUUUAGACUUUUAGCGAAAAAUAGGGUUGGAAAAUUCUGAAAACUUUCCCAAAUAUCAGAAAUCACUGGUGGAGAGUUUUGGGAAUUUUGCAAACCUAACGAAACAAUACUGGAAAUUGAUUUUGGUCUUGUUCAUAAGAUUAUUGAUCCUGAUUACUUCAUACUUCAGAGAUGUAAUAGUUUUCAUGUUAGGCUGGGGGAAGUCUGCGAUUUAUUCUCCUUUUCGCCUACAAAUCUUUUGGUUACAACAAGUUUGUUGUUGACUAAGGUUUGUUGACUAAGGUUUUUUGUUGACUCUUUAUUUUUAUCGAUGUGCCUUUUUGGUUUGUUAUGGGGGGGAGAUUAUUUAAAUAAAAUGUAUUGAAAAUAUAUUUAAUAAC